AAACGCACCUGCUCCCUCCUACUCCCCUGCAUCAUCCAUCAUCUAUGCUCUUCCUUUUCUCUCUUUCCUCUCCUACUCUCAAAAUAAACCCAAAUUAAAUUCACUCCAUGGCCCCCAGGGACAAGACCACUGCCGUUAAGGUUAACACUAACGCUAACGCCGCCGGAGUCAAGGAGGUGCAUUUUCGGGGAGUCAGGAAGAGACCCUGGGGAAGAUACGCCGCCGAGAUCAGAGAUCCCGGCAAGAAGAGCCGCGUUUGGCUAGGCACCUUCGACACGGCGGAGGAGGCGGCGCGUGCCUACGACGCCGCUGCUCGGGAGUUUCGCGGCCCCAAGGCCAAGACUAAUUUCCCUCCUCCAUCCGAUAGUAAUGUCAAGAACGCCAGCCCCAGCCAGAGCAGCACCGUCGAGUCUUCCAGUCGUGACCGCGAUGUCGCCGCCGAUUCUUCCCCUCUGGACCUCAACCUUGCCCCGGCCGCCGUCUCCGCUGCCCGCUUCCCUUUCCAGCACCAGUUCCCCAUUUUUCCUCCUGCCAACCAGGUUUUGUACUUGGAUGCUGUCAUGCGCGCCGGUUUGGGCGGCCCGCGUGGGUUUGGGUUUGGCUACAAUCAGCAUCCCGUUGCGGCGAGCGAGUUCCACGCGACGACCAGCGACUCGGACUCAUCCUCCGUGAUCGAUCUGAACCACAACGAAGGCGAUGUGAAGGGGAGCGGUUCCAGAAUUUUCGAUCUCGACCUUAAUAACCCUCCUCCACAGGAGAUGGCCUGAUCCGGAAUCUGACACACCGUUGAGUUUUAUUUUUGUUUUUUUUUUAAUUUUUAAUUUUGUUUUUCGGAUUAUGAAUUUCUCUUUAGUUUUUUUUAUAAGUAGAGAAAAUAGCAGCGUCCGAUAACCUAAAAUAACAGGAAAGAAAGGAAUGGCACUAUGUGAAUAGGUAGGCGAUAUGAUUGUAUUUUUUGCGACAGAUGAAGAACCGAAGCGUCGGUUUGAUGCUGUCGUUUCUUAAUUGAGGAAACGGUUAUUAUUAUUUUGGUUUUGAUUAGUAGUGAGUAGUAUUGUGUAAGGUGUAAUGUUGUUGGUUAAAUGAAUUUAACAGCAAAGUUUUGAUUGU